AUGGAUCGCCACGGUAGGCCUGAAGAGGAGAUGUUCCUCAAUAAGCCUACCGAUGAUUGCGACAGCCCUACCUAUAUCGAGCCUCUUAGGAUAUUCAAGCCUCAGAGCCCCAAGCCUGCUCCUGAUAAAGCAUCGGAUCGAUUCAAAUAUCCCGCACCGGCAUCAUCCAAGCCGACAUUCCCUCUGCCUCCGGGCGCUUCGAGUUCUGCUGCGCCUCUGCCAUAUCCUCCUGAUGACGACGACCAUCGUAUAGGCCAACCGUCCCAACCGAGCCGGCUUCCGUACCCAUCCGAUGAGCGCCGACCAUCUCUUCAUAAACUAUACACGAGUCCUGCCGGCUCUACACAUUCAGAUGCCCCAAACGAUACGACUCCACGAUUAGAUACAAGUCCCAUCGAGAAGAGACCCGGUCUCGCUGAGCGACGAGGGACUGCUCCUAGGCCUCUGCCAGCGGCUCUUAGUCCAGGAAGUCCUCCGACAGACGACGGUGGCCUCUUCGCAAAGCCCUUAGGAAAUCAAUCAAAGCCAGCGGCUGCUGCUUCUAGCACAUCUUUCCCCGAUUAUCAUCAGAAACCCUACUAUCCCCCACCUAGAGGGAAUACUGCGUCGUCGAGCCCAGCUCCGAACAACAAUGCAAAGCCUCAAGGUAGUGAUGAUAACUACCUUAAGAUGCCUACAGAUAAUGGCGUAAACCGUUUUGCCUCAACGGCAUCUACAUCAACUACAAGAGCGAGCCGAGGAUCUCCGCCGCCACCAGAGACACCUAUUGUCGAGCCAGGUAACAUCCCUGGAGGUGGUAUUGAGGCCAGAUACGCGGCCGCUGGUAUAUCCGGAACUGCGACGCUCAAUAGUCUUCAAAGUUCAGCAGCAGCUCAGAGGUUAGCGCAAUAUGGACAGCAUCCUGCCACUCAGCAGCCCGCUCGUCCGUGGACACCGACGGAGACUCCAGAUCAACAACCACAUGGACCUCCUACGGUGUAUCAAGGAGCAAACCCCGUUACUAGCCCUACUGCCUCUUCAUUUAGUGCCCAAGCACAACGGCCACCGAAUAUCAACACGGGAGCCAAUAACGGCGCCAGCACCAGUAAUGGACCCGCCCUUCAGAUCAGCGUGUUGGAGCAGGACUUUCAACGAAUGCAGAUGUCACCAAGUCCCCCACCUGCGUAUUCCAGCAUUAACCCUGGCGGAAGCUCUUCAGCAUAUCCUAAUGAGAAGCAGCGGCCAGCUCAAGCAAGUUCAAGCUCAACACCUGCCCAAGCUUCUCAGGCGGCAUCUCCGCCGAAGAAGCAGGCGGAGAUAGCAGCUGGUCUGGCAUCUCCAGCGCUGCAACAUCCCGGACAUCCUGCAUUCGCAAAUGAUCCAAGGCCAGAACCACAGCAACAACAAAAUGGCCAGCAAGCGCAAGUUGUCACCCAUACGCCUUCUCCGUUUCAAGGGCAAGGUCCUACUUCGCCGCCACCGCUGCCUGAGGGUUGGAUCGCACACCUUGACCAGAAUUCCGGUCAAUAUUAUUAUAUCCACUUAGCCACGCAGGCUACGCAAUGGGAGUUCCCUAAGGGCCCCAACCCUAUUCACCAUGAGGCAGCGCCCUUGUCUCCCACAGCAUCGACAUACGGCAACCCACUGGGCUCGCCAAUGUUUGGUAAGCAAAGUGCAAUGGCUUCGCCUAUGUUCCCGCCUCAAACACCCGGCUAUGCGGAGAGUAUUAUGAGUGUCGCGACAGCGACGCCGACCGCUGCUGGUUUCUCGGGACCACCACCGGGCGCUGGAGUGGAUAUGUAUAAGGUUCAGCCAACGAAUGGUGUCUACUUCGGCCCCUAUCUUAGGUAUACCAACAUGGAUAUCGAGAAGGGAGUUUGGUUGGGAAGUAUCCUUAUUGUUACCGAUGCGCCUCAGCCGCCGACGAUACAUAUCCAUCUGAGUGUUGACCUAUCGCCAAAUCCCCGUCAGUUAAUACCUCAUUCUAUCUAUACCCAUCAAAGGUGGCAAUUUUACAAAUAUGAUCUUGACUUACAGAUGGGUGAAGGUGGUACUGAGAGAUGGACUUAUGCUGUUACUUCGCAUCUUGGAUGCACUAGAUAUGAGUUCGUGGUCGCGGGCCGAAACGAGACGAAUUGGCGGUUUGUCGCGCAUUCAGGAAACGAUUUCGCUGCUAGCACAUCGCAAAAUGAACGGAGUAAGCUCGGCGGACUUGGAUUCAUGUGGAAAGAUGUACUACAAAAGAAUGUGGAAUGCAAUGGCUUCCACGUCCAGCUUGGCUUAGGCGACCAGAUUUAUGGAGACAGACUAUGGAAAGAAGUACCACUCCUGAAACAAUGGCUAGCCAUGCCAGGAAGGGAGAACAGAAAGAAUGCUGCGUGGACGGCACGGCACGAGGAAGAUGUGUCACAUGCUUAUUUCCACUUCUAUACUAGUCACUUCGAUCAACCCUUUCUUCGUGAGGCUUUCGCUCAGAUUCCACAUGUCUGCCAGAUCGAUGAUCAUGAUAUUUUCGACGGCUAUGGAUCUUACCCGGAUUACAUGCAAAAUUCACAGAUGUUUAAGAAUAUUGGUAGGAUAGCGGUGGAUAUGUACCUGCUUUUCCAGCACCAUACCACGCUAGAAGUCCUUCGGAAUGUCAGUCACGAUCUAGACCUAUUCACUGUAACGGGUCAGGGUUGGCAUUUUAUCAAGCAUCUCGGCCCCGCCAUGGUUGUGGUCGGCGUUGAUCUCAGAUCCGAGCGGACACAAAACCGUGUGCUCGCGGGCCCGACAUACCAAGGUCUAUUUCCUAAAGUGGCAAUGCUACCGCCCAGUGUGCAACACUGUCUCUGGAUGCUAUCAGUACCUCUCAUCUACCCUCGAUUAGACACGGUAGAGAGCUUAGCCAACACAUUUGCGACGGGCAAGAAGGCAGUCAACACAACGUACAAUGUGCUGGGUAAAGUGACGAGCUCAGUGGCCGGUAUCGUCGGCGGAAAGGAGAUGGUCGCGCAAGGUUUCAACCAAGUUAAGAAAGCAGUUGGCAAGUCCGGGCUUAUGGGUAAUGUGGUCAACCAGUUCGGCGACUUGGAUAUAGGCGAGAUCUUGAAAGAUAUGUGGACGCAUGAUACUAAGGAUCUCGAGCGGACUUACUUGAUCCGUACAUUACAAGGUAUUUCGCAUCAGAAGGGCUUACGUAUGACAUUUUUGUCUGGCGACGUCAACGCCGCAGGAGCAGGUCUAGUCCACGACCCCGCACACCCGAGCGACCACAAGACCAUGUACCAGAUUAUCACAUCGCCCAUCGUUGCCGCACCUGCUGCACAGUACAUCCUCAAGAUGUUGCACAGCAACCGCGCGCAUUACGUCCCCGCCAACGGUCAAAGAUCCUCAAAUUCUGCCGACGCGGUGUCAGAUACUAAGGAAGAUAUGAUGGAAAUCUUCCACACAGAUGCCAGCGGCGCGCCUCGAGAAUUGAAGAAACUUAUGGGUAGACGUAAUUACGCGGCAUUCGUCGCGUAUGAUCCAGAUGCAGUACCCGCAACCCCGUAUGGUGGACAGGGACAGACCAUAAGUCAACAAGUUAACGGUGGACUAAGCAAAUUGAGUCUUGCGGUGGAUUUCGUGGUUCAGGGAGACGGCGGGUUUACGGCGCCUACGAAGUAUGGACCUGUUAUUGUGCCGCAUUUGGAGUUUGGGCGGUAA